AUGCCUGGUGUUCCACCCGACGCUCUUCAGCAGGUCAAGAAGGGCUUCAAGCGGUUCUUCAGCCUCCGCAAGAAGUCCGCUAAGAAGCAGAAGGCCGAGCCUGUCCAGGCUGCCCCUGCUGAGACUGCUGCGACUGCUGCCCCUGUCGCCGCCGUUGCGACCACUGAGACAGCUGCCGAGAAACCCACCGCCCCCGCUGCCGCCCCGGAAUCUGCCCCAGAUGCUGCCAAGGUGCCCGAGGUAAAGGAUGCAAGCACCGCGGAGCCUGUCGCCUCCCCUGAGAUGACCGCUACCGCCGGCCCCAUCGAGACUCAGUACGAGCCUGAGACUGCCGCCGCUGCUGCUGCCCCCGGCCCUGCUGUGCAGUCCGAUGCCCCUGCUGCUAAGCCUGAGGAGUCUGUCGCUAAGCCUGAGGAGCCUGUCGCUAAGCCUGAGGAGCCUGUCGCUAACCCCGAGGCCACUGCUGCUAAGGUCGAAGAGUCCGCUGCUAAACCUGAGGCCACUACUGCUGCGCCUGCGGAGCCUGCCGCCAAGACCGAUGCGCCCGCUAACUAG